CUGUUGUGUUUUGUGUUUAAGCUCUCAAAAAUUUUGUAGUUGAGUUUGUGAAUCAAUCCAGAUCAGUUAGUGUUGUGGACCUGUGGUAAUCUAGUGUCUCUUCAAGAUGCUGGUGAUAGUGUUUAUAUUUGGUGUAAUGGGUGUGUGUGUGUGGUGAUGUAGUGAUCGUUGAGAGAUAAAUGAGGGAAGGGAAGAGAGAGAAUGGUUAUGUUGUAGGUGCACACAAUGUCCAGAAGGGGAGGUAACAAAGGGUGGUUGGAUUAUGUGCCAUUGGAGCUGGGUGGUGGUCAUGGCUGUUGUAGUUGGUGGCUGUUGAGGGAAGCAAAAGGGGUUUUGUUUGCCACAGUUGCUGGAGAAGGAGAGUUAGGUUGGUUGGAGUUGCUUUUUGCCUGUGCAAAGAACACAAUGAUUGAUCUUGUCCAGAGUAUGCAUCAACAAAAGUUUUCAUUCCAAAUUUCAUCCUUGCAAAUUGACAACCAGUUGCACAAUACUCCAUACCCUGUUAUCAUGUCCUUCAACCAGGAGCAUAAAAGCAGUUCAGUGGGCCUGAUGAAAACUAAGGAGAACACCACAAAGAUGAAAAGUGAAAGUGUGACACAAAUUAGAACUGAGUGUGAACCCGUGCUCUCCUUAGCUGCAGCAAUGUGGAGGAAUAAAGAUGUAUCAUUGGUGUCGUUUGAAUAUAUAAUCCUAAGAGUAGCAGAUGUUCGCCUUGAACUUGAGCAAGAAGUGAUAUUGAGCUUGUUUGAUUUCUUUAAAACUGUCUCGUCACGGUCUCAGAGCAAUUUUUUGUCAUAUAUGGAUUCCACUCUACAACCUCUUUUCUCCAAAUUGGGUUGUGUAAGGGAGUCGGCUCCAUAUGCAGUGGAUCAUGAGUUUGUCAAAGCAAAUAGGGAUCGUGAAACAAACCCUAUGCAUUUAUCAGUAGGUCCAAUUGGUGCCCCUUGGCAGCAAAUUUACCUCCUGGCUAGAACACAGAAGAAAAUAUAUGUUGAAAUGCUUGAUUUGGCCCCCAUUAAGUUGACUCUAAGCUUUUCCAGCGCCCCAUGGAUGCUUAGACAUGGGGUUCUUACAUCUGGAGAAUCUCAUAUCCAUAGAGGUCUUAUGGCUCUUGCUGAUGUUGAGGGAGCACAAAUUCAUCUUAAGCAUCUGAUAAUUACACAUCAGUUGGCUAGCUGGGAAUCCAUACAAGAGAUCUUCAUCAGGCAUUACAUGUGGCAACUUCUUCACGAGAUCUACAAGGUGUUUGGCUCUGCUGGUGUUAUAGGCAAUCCCAUGGGAUUUGCAAGGAGUGUGGGCCUUGGCCUUAAAGAUUUCUUGGCUGUUCCAGCCAGGAGUGUUUUGAAGAGUCCUGCUGGACUUAUUACAGGCAUGGCACAAGGCACCACAAGUCUAUUAAGUAACACAAUUUAUGCCUUAAGUGAUGCUGCCACUCAAUUCAGCAGAGCCGCACAGAAGGGUAUUGUUGCAUUUACAUUUGAUGACCAUGCUGCUGCUAAAAUGGAAUAUCAACAAAAGGGUACAUCCUCAAAUAGCAAAGGCGUGAUUAAUGAAAUUUUGGAGGGACUCACUGGUCUCCUCCAAUCACCAAUUAAAGGAGCCGAGAAACAUGGGCUUCCUGGAGUUCUCUCAGGUGUAGCCAUAGGAGUAACAGGGCUUGUGGCCAGACCCGCAGCCAGUAUCCUUGAGGUCACUGGCAAAACUGCACAGAGUAUCAGAAACCGAAGCAAGCUACACCAGAAGAGAAACCAGCGCCUUAGGCUUCGUCUCCCUCGACCUCUGAGUAGAGAAUUUCCCAUGAGGCCUUACUCUUGGGAAGAAGCAGUUGGAACAUCGGUUCUUGCAGAGGCUGAUGAUGGCUUGAAGUUAAAAGAUGAGACUUUAGUCAUGAGCAAAGCACUUAAACAGGGUGGUAAAUAUGUUAUUCUCACCGAGAAACUAAUCUUAGUUGUUUCUUGCGCCAGUUUGGUGAACUUGGGUAGGCCCGAGUUUAGAGGCAUUCCUGCUGAUCCGGAGUGGGUGAUAGAAUUAGAGAUUGGAAUGGGUAGUGUAAUCUACGCUGGUAUUGAGGAAGAAGUGGUACAUAUUGUUGGAAGCAAUUCAGAUACAUUGUUGAGGCAAAACCAGCACAAACAAAAAAGAGGGGGUGGAAAACAAUCCCCAAACCCACUACCACUUUUUCAAACCAUCUUGGAGUUCACAUGCAAGGAAGAAGCAGCGGACUUUUUACAAGUACUAUUGUCUACAAUUGAGAGGGGGAAAGAACAAGGUUGGGAGGGUGUGUAUCUUCUGCAUCAGAGUCAUCUCAAGUAA